UGGUUUGUACAAUUUGUUAUUUUUUCAGGUGUAUUGUACUGUAAUUUGAUUUUUACUGAAAACAUGUUGCGUUUGUGCAUAAUAAGAGCUCAUAAGCACGGGAUCAGAGCAUUGGUGUCGCGAAACCCGGUCAUAAAUAACACCAUUUACUUUGAAAAGACAAAAAAGAAAUGCUUAUAUUCAACUGCUGUUAGCAAUACCAUGCCCCCAAUAGCCUUGAGGGAAGCGUGGAUGGAAUAUGAUCACCACAAUUUCAAUAUUGAUGAUCUUGCAACUGUGUUAGAUCAUGACAAUCAUGAAAUGAGGAAUGAGUUUCGCAAAUUUCUCAGUGUUCCAUCAAUGAUGCCAAGAUACAACAUUCGACUUGAGGAAGAAAGAGAAAUUGCACUUGAUCAAUUGCAGAGGAUAUGUGAUGGUGGAUUUAUUUCAGUAUUGGAUUUUGGAAAUAACCCACGACGAAUAUUUGCUGCCCAUGAACUUUCAGCUAUUGUUGAGCCGAGCAUGACAACCAAAAUGACUGUUCAGUUUAAUCUAUUUGGUGGAACUGUAUUCAAAUUGGGAACAAAACGACACCAUGAUAAACUUCUUGCUGGCAUAGACUCAUUGCAUGAUAUUGGAUGCUUUGGACUGACUGAACUAGGUUAUGGAAACAAUGCAGUGGAAAUGGAGACAACUGCUGUGUAUGACAAGAGUACCAAAGAAUUCAUAGUGAACACACCAACGGCACUUGCUCAGAAAUACUGGAUUACGAAUGGGGCUGUUCAUGCGAAGCAUGUUGUUGUGUUUGCACAGCUUCAAACGAAUGGAGAGAAUCAUGGCAUUCAUGCAAUUCUUGUUCGAAUAAGAGAUGAUAAUUUGAAAGUAAUGCCCAAUGUACGAGUUGAAGACAUGGGAUACAAGAUGGGUCUGAAUGGAGUUGACAAUGCAAAGCUAUUUUUUGAUAAUGUUAGAGUUCCCAGGGAGAAUCUUCUCAACAGGUUUUCGGAUGUUGCUGAAGAUGGAACUUUCACAUCAAGCAUUAAAUCACCUCGGGCUCGAUUUUUAACUGUUGCAGAUCAACUGUUGUCAGGAAGAAUAUGCAUUGCAUCGAUGUGCAUGGGAGGAUCAAAAGCGUCCUUAACAAUAGCAUUAAGAUAUGCUGCCACAAGACUUACUGUUGGUAAAGAUGGAAAAUCAGAUACUCCAAUUUUAAAGUAUCAGUUACAAGAAAAAACACUUGUUCCACUACUUGCACGAACUUUUGCAAUAAACUUCGGGCUGGAUUAUGUGAAAGACAGAUGGGCAUUCCAACCAGAAGAUGGUUCGCAACACGCAGAAGUUGUUCCUUUAGUGUGUGUGAUGAAACCUCUUGCCACAUGGAACCUUGAACAUAUUGCCACUAUUUCAAGGGAAAGAUGUGGUGGUCAGGGUUAUUUAUCGUGCAAUAGAUUCGGAAAAUUUAUUGAACUUGCUCAUGCAGCAAUGACAGCUGAAGGAGAUAACAAAGUUCUAAUGCAGAAAGCAGCCAAAGAGCGACUCACGGUGUUUAAGCCAUUGAAAUUCGACAAGCCUUCUGAUGAAGAUCCAUCAAAUGCUGACUAUCUUCACUACUUGUUAGUGGAAAGAGAAAAUAAGGCAUUUUCACAACUGGGGGAAGUUAUGAUGAAAGCUGGGAAGGAACAUUUGUUUGAUACAUGGAUGAUGAAGGAAAGUGAUUUAGUUCAACUAUCAGCAACUUCUUUUGGUGAACGAGUUAUAAGUGAGAGUUUCCACAGAGUUCUUGAGUCUGAUGAUACUCCUUCUUCAUCCAAACCGGUGCUAAAACAACUUUAUCAUCUUUAUCUGGCUGAUGCUAUUCAGCGGGACAUGGGAUGGUUUAUUGGUAAUGAACUUUUACCACCCAAAUCUGGCCUAAAGGUCAAUGAAGUAGUUACUUCUCUGUGUGACAAGCUUGGACCAGUGAGUUUAAGGCUUUGCGAGGCAUUCAAGAUAACAGAUAAUAUGCUAUCAGCCCCCAUUGCCAGGGACUGGGUUGAAUUUAACAAGAGUGAUAACCAGGGCGAAGUUGUUUAAUUUGUUGAGUAAUCUGUGAGUUCUUUCACUGCUCUUCCUGCUUUUCAAUUUACUGUGAAACUCUAAUUUGUUUCAACUAUCCAUGAUCAAAAUUCAUCGAUUUCUCAUGGUUUAAUAUUUUCACUAAAACAGAUUUCAAAAAUUGGUGAUAAAUCUGAAAAUUGAUUGAUAAAUCAUACAAUGAUACAUUUCAGGCUCUAACGUUUGAAAUUUUAAUUUUAUUUGCAAAUCAUUCGAUACUACUUUUCAAAUAUUUUUCCAAGAUGCUAAUUUUGUUUGAUUUAUAUUUGACGUGAAAUACAACUUGCGAAAAAAAUGAUUUUCGUAGUUGUACAGUGCUUUCAAUUAUUUUGAUUACCGCAAAACUUCCAAUUUUUCUUCAACGUUAUGCAGUAGGUGGCACAGCAAAUUUUGAGUAUGCAUGAUCCUUAUACCUUUUUGACAGUCUCUCAUCAUUUGGACCCUUUGUGGUAAUAGGUACUAUUUUCGUUUGUGUGAUCAUGCUGGGUGCUGGCUAUCAAACCCAAUGUUUUUCUUUUCAUAAAAGUUCCUUAUCAAAUAUUAAUCUUUUGGCGUGACAUGACAUGUUCGUACCAGUGUAGACGUCAAAAAGAUGCUUACAAUUCUGCAUUCCUUACAUAUCAUAUUUCUUACCAACAGGUAUUUAAGGUUACAUUAGUUUACCAUUUAUAAUUUUUGUAUUUAAUUCUCUUAUUUCUAAUAUAUUUAAAGAAAUGUU